AUGUCUGUCUCCGACAUUUGUAGGAGCAACACAGGUGUGAGCUUGAAGGCUUCAACCGAGCUUCCGGCGCUAAUACAGGAUCUUAAAGACGAAAAACAGGACAGCUUAGUAGCAAUGGAAAGCGGAUGUGAUUUGUUCGACAAAAUGAAAAACAGAAUCCUUAGUUUCAAAAGCUACAAGUAUAUAACAGUUUAUGGUGAUGCUUGUGCAGAUUCAAGGGUAUGUCCUCCAAACAUCUUGGGAUUCGAACCAGGAGAAGCCUUCACUGUCCGCAAUGUUGCGAAUCUGUUGCCCACAUAUGAGAGUGGGCAGUCGGAAACUAAUGCUGCACUGGAGUUUGCUGUGAACUCGCUUGAAGUUGAAAACAUUUUAAUCAUCGGUCAUAGCUGCUGCCGUGGCAUUUGUGCCCUCAUGGGCAUGCAAGAUGAGGCAGAUUCGAGUAGCUUUAUCCGGAGUUGGGUUACCAUUGGAAAGAAGGCGAAGCUAAGUACAAAGGCGUUUGCUUCGAACCUUGAUUUUGACCAGCAACGCACACAAUGUGAGAAGGAAUCAAUCAAUAAUUCACUGUUAAACCUGCUUACUUAUCCAUGGAUAGAAGAAAAGGUGAAGAAAGGGGUGCUUUCUCUGCACGGCGGCUAUUACGACUUUGUCGACUGUACUUUCGAGAAUUGGACAUUGGAUUACAAGGGAAGCAUUACGGUUGGGAAAAACAGAGUCUUAGUGAAGGACCGAUCAUUUUGGUGCUAAAACUUUCUUGAUCCAUCUUAUCCU